AUGGAUGCACAAGUAGCACGAGCUUGUCAAGCAGUUUGGGCCGUUAGCCCUAGGAUGGAGAGUGAAUGGCAUACCUCAUUCAUUCCAAUGCACUCCUCCAUCUGGCCUGACCCUUGCAACCUUAGCCUCCCGAAUGAGACUAGGGAUACCCACCUGCGAGUCAAAAAAGUGAGUUAUCUGCUAUUCGGAGCUUCUGUUUCUUUUGGGAAUGGGCUGCUUACGGGUAUGAGCAAUAAACAUUCUCUAUUUCCUUGCCAGAUUCAAUAUGGCAAUGAUAUUCAACUAUACCAGUUAGAGAUAUUAAAACAGCAACGCUAUUCCACCAUUAGCCAUCUUUCAAUAUGCCAUGGUCGGAUCUAUGCUUUCCGCAAUUGUAGAUUCAUGUCCGUCCUCGAAGCUUGA